CUUCUCUCCAUUUCUGUUCGAUUCCCUCCUCCCAUACUUCUUCAUCGGGUCUCUUUAGCGAGAGCUUUACAUAAGUAUACUCUUUGAUACUAGCCUUUGAGAUCAUUGCAGGUGUGGAAAAGAUGAAAGUAGAUGUGAAACAGUCAAUUAUGGUUCGCCCUUCUAGAGACACUCCCAAGAGGAGCCUAUGGAGCUCAAAUCUGGACCUCCUGGUACCAAUGUUUCAUGUCCAAACUGUCUACUUCUACAAGCCAAAUGGUUCUUCCAGAUUUUUCGAAACCCAAGUGCUUACGGAUGCUCUCAGUGAUGUUCUUGUGCCCUUCUACCCUGCAGCAGGGAGAAUGAGAAAGCACGAAUCUGGCAGAAUUGAGAUUAACUGUAAUGGAGAAGGAGUUUUGUUUGUUGAAGCUGAAACAAGUUGUUUUGCAGAUGAUUUGGGUGACUUCACUGAUAGCUCGAAGCUGCUGCCCCUUGUUCCGGAGGUCGACUAUGCGGGCGGGAUCUCUUCUUUUCCACUAGUGGUGCUACAGGUGACCCGGUUCAAAUGUGGAGCCGUCUCUCUUGGAGUUGGCUUGCAUCAUAUCUUAGCAGAUGGGACUUCUGCUCUCCAUUUUAUCAACUCGUGGUCUGACGUAGCACGUGGCCUGCCCGUUAGCACUCCACCAUUCAUCGACAGAACCCUUCUUCGUGCUCGUGACCCACCACAUCCUACCUUCCAUCACAGUGAAUAUGACCCUCCUCCUACCAUGAACACUCCUCCCCGAUCGCAACCCAAAACCACCUGCACUAAGAUUCUCAAGAUCACACCGGAACAACUUGGCAGCUUGAAAGCCAAGGUCAGAACAGAAGAUGGUGCAGCCAGGCAUAGCACGUAUGAAACCAUCACUGCACAUAUUUGGCGUUCCAUGUGUAAGGCACGCGGACUCUCUGAUGAUCAAGCAAGCAAGUUAUAUAUCUCAACAGAUGGAAGGUCUAGAUUGAACCCUCAAUUGCCACCUGGUUACUUAGGUAAUGUUCUUUUUACAACUACGGUGAUGGGUUUAUCCGGUGAAAUACAGUCAAAACCAUUAGUCCGCACAAUGGAGAGGAUCCAUGAAGCACUGGGGAGGAUGGAUGACGAGUACCUGAGAUCAGCCCUAGAUUAUAUCGAAGCUCAGCCAGAUCUCAAUGCUCUCAAGAGAGGGCCUCACACAUAUGCAAGCCCGAAUCUCAAUAUUGUGAGCUGGAUCAGGUUGCCUGUACACGAUGCAGAUUUUGGGUGGGGAAGACCCGUUUUCAUGGGGCCAGCCAGAGUCUUCUGUGAAGGAAAUGCAUAUAUACUAAGGAGUCCGGUCAAUGAUGGGAGCUUAUCCCUGUUUAUUUGCUUAGAGGCGCAACACAUGCCACUCUUUGAAAAGUGCCUGUACGAUUUCUAGGCGAUAGAAUCCAUGGUCCCCCGUGCACUAUGCACGUUAUAGCAAUUCUAGAAUUUUUAGGUGAGCUUUUGUCUCUCUCUCUCUCUCGCCUUCUUC